AUGGAAGCUUACGGUGGACCGUGCAGUCUGGAACCACUGGAUUCUGUUCGUUUUCCGUGGCUUUUCUUGGGCGAUAGGAGGGUUGCACGAAAUGAACAGCUCCUGAGGAAACAGAAGAUUGCGUAUAUUGUCAAUUGCACCCCCCCCUGCGGGGAUGGAGGGGUCCCCAAUUUCCAUGAGCGCUUGUCUGUAGGAUCACGUCUUGCAUUCAGGUACUUGCGGGUUCCUAUCUUUGAUACGCAGGCCGAGACGCUGCAGCCUCACUAUGAGAAUGUGUGGGAGUUCAUGGAAACUUGCCGCACACGGGAAGAUGGUAACCUUUUAAUACACUGCAAUCAAGGAGUUUCUCGGUCGGUUGCCUUCAUCUGUUCGUAUCUAAUAAAAUACGAGGGCAUGUCUUCGGAUGAGGCAUUGGCAUUCGUCCGCCGCCGAAACCCUUUGGCGCAGCCAAAUGAGUCGUUCCGCUCGCAGCUGGAAGUUCUUUACGAAUGCGUGAAGAAGGAACCUCGUUCAGUUCACUCGGAGCCCCGACGGUUGCCACAAGCAGGGUGGUUGCCGCCCCAUGCAACUGCCCGGAAGAGGGCUGCAUCCUGUUCCCUGCCGAAUGGAAUGCCACAGCGGAAAGUCAUGCGAUUUAUUGGCCCUGCACGGCCUCCAGUCACAGAUGAAACUUCCCCUAGCAGGGAGACUGAGGGAGGGCGUUCCGGCAGGGAAAUGAACACGCCUCCAAGCAGUAGCAGUUCCGGCUCCUCGACGAAUGUUAAUUCAUUUCCUCAGGGAGUCACUGACACGGGAGCGGAACGAGCGGCUCUUGCUGACGGGGAACCCAUUCAAGAAGGGAACCAGAUACAGGCUGAACGGGCCUACGACGAGGCUACAACCGCAGUAGAUGGAGAAGGCGUUAAAGGGAAUUGUUCAAAUCCUGCAUGCGAGUUAAGUGUGCAUUCAGUUUCAGAUGCGGAGGGUAAUGACGGAAUACCCGUUUCUCCUGCAGAUGUUUGUUGCGAGCAGCUUGUGGGAUGCAAAGACACCCCGCUGCAUCAGGAUCCUCAUGCUGUUGAUUCAGUCAUCUCUUCCCCCUGUGUGCCAUCAGAGCAACAGCCGCAGCAUUCAGCUUGCCUACAGGGGUCAUACGGCGACUCAGAAACAUCGGCUUCUGCUGUUACAGAUACGCAAGCAGCCGUAGAAGAAUAUCGGGGUCCAGUUGUCGCUCACCGAGCGGCAGCAGUCGAGGGCAGCGUCUGUGGGGAGCAGAACUUGGUGGAUGCAAACGUUGCAGAUCACACUGUGGUGCUUAACAGCGCGUGCGAAGCACCUAGUUGGAGCGUGCCGCCGUUUGCCGACUCGCCGGAAAAUCGCCAAAAAACGAGCAGCAGUGCAGUGCAGGCGGCUGUCUUGAGCGCUUGA